AUGGACAUGGCAACACCAUGUAUGUGGCUACAAAGUUUGCAACAGAAGGAAUUACAGAUGGACAAUCCACAAUCUCCAACUUCAGAAAAUCAGAUUGAAACAGCCAGGGAAUCAUCCUCGCCAUCCAUAUUGUCUACAACUUCUUUAUAUUCUUUGUAUGUGCCAUCUUCCCCCAAUUCUUCAAAUGAUGAAGAUAAAGAUUCAAUAUGGUGGAUUAUAAGUGGUGUUGACAUCUCCGAGACAUGUCAUAAAUAUCGUGUGGAAGUGAUCGAUAAAUGUAAAUCCAUGGCAAUCAUCCUGGAUGCUUUUGAGGAACUCUAA